AUGUCUUUUCUCGGCGGCGCAGAAUGCUCGACGGGCGCCAACCCGCUCAGCCAGUUCACCAAGCAUGUGCAAGAUGACAAGUCGCUACAGAGAGACCGCCUGGUUGGGCGGGGGCCCGGAGGAAUGCAAGAGGGCAUGCGAAGCCAGCAGAUGGGCGGCCCGUCAGAUGGCAUGAUGAAUGAGUUCAUGAACCAGAAUGUACAGCUCCCACAAGGGCCCGGUCCCGCGUCUCCAUUCGCCAUGGAGCAAAUGCGACGAGAGUUGGAGCGGACACAGCACAGCGGAUCACCAGCAUGGGCAGCAGAGUUCGAUCCAGGCAUGCAGGCGCCACAGAUGGGAGGGCCAGCCAUGCAAGAAAGACCAGCCGGAUUCAACCCCGCCGAGUUCGCAAAGUUCCAGCAGAUGAACCCGAACGCGCGGACAGCGAGCCCGACCACCGCUUCUCAGCCUUCGAUGACGGGAUACCAGCGACCCAUGUACGGAAUGGGCAUGGGCAUGGGCGGCAUGGGCGGCAUGGGAAUGGGAAUGGGCGGUAUGGGCAUGCAGCAGCCAUUCGCACCACAAAACUUCCAGCAGCCCAUGCAGAACUCUGGCAAAGGCAAGGAGCGCAUGGUAGAACUCGACGAUCAGGAUUGGGAGGCCCAGUUCGCACAACUCGAACAGACAGACCAGCAGGACCUGAGCGCUCUUGACGCCGAGGCGAACAAGGCCAUGGAGGCAGAGCUGAACGAAAUGGACAGGUCAGUAGAGAAAGAUGCCGUUGAUUUCGACGAUUUCGAGUCCAUUUGGAAGGGUAUCCAAGCUGAGACUGAAUACGCUAGGCAACUUGCCAACGAGGAGAACUUCGUCGAAGGACACAUGGGCGACAUGGAUCAAUGGGAAGGCUUCGACGGGCUCAACACACACUCGGUCCGCGAUCCAGCCAUGGGCGACUACCUAUUCGAACAAGAGAAUCUCUUCAAGAACGUCACGAAUCCGUUUGAAGAAGGUGUCAAGAUAAUGGAAGAUGGUGGAAACCUCUCACUGGCGGCCCUAGCAUUCGAGGCAGCUGUUCAGAAAGACCCGAAUCACAUUGCAGCUUGGGUCAGGUUGGGAGAGUCGCAAGCGCAGAACGAGAAGGAAACACCGGCUAUAAGAGCGUUGGAACAUGCCCUGAAGCAGGACCCGUCGAAUCUGGAGGCGCUGAUGGGUCUGGCUGUAUCAUACACCAACGAAGGCUACGAGAGCACCGCAUACCGGACACUGGAACGCUGGCUGGCCACCAAAUACCCAUCACUCAUCAAAGAGCCACUCUCUUCAGAUGCCGAGAUGGGCUUCACAGACCGCCACGUACUCCACGAGAAAGUCACCAACCUCUUCAUCCAAGCCGCACAACUCUCCCCAACCGGCGAGCAAAUGGACCCCGAUGUGCAAGUAGGUCUAGGUGUACUUUUCUACGGCGUAGAAGAAUACGACAAAGCCGUCGACUGUUUCGGCGCCGCCCUCGCAUCCACCGAAUCCGGCGUCUCAAACUCCUCAUCACAGGUCCACCUCCUCUGGAACCGUCUCGGCGCCACCCUCGCAAACUCCGGCCGCAGCGAAGAAGCCAUCGACGCCUACUCGCGUGCCCUCGCUCUCCGUCCAAACUUUGUCCGCGCACGCUACAACCUCGGCGUGUCGUGUAUCAACAUCGGUUGCUACACAGAAGCUGCACAACAUUUGCUCGGCGCACUCGCCAUGCACAAGGUCGUCGAGCGCGAAGGCAAGGAGAAGGCUAGAGAAGUCGUUGGCGAGGGUGUUUCGGACAGCCAACUAGACAACAUGAUCCACCAGAACCAAAGCACAAACUUGUACGAUACGCUACGGAGGGUGUUUGGCCAGAUGGGCCGCAGGGAUCUUUCCGAUAUCGUAGGUCCCGGUAUGGAUGUUGAGCGUUUUCGAGGCGAGUUUGAGUUUUGA